AUGGAGUUCGACAACUCAACAGUCCCGAAUCCAGUGGCUCCCACUUAUCUAAUCAGUGAUUACAUCGAAAUCGCCUACUUGGGCUUGGUCCUUCUGUUCGGAGUGCCGGCCAACGUCGUGAUCCUACAGAAGUUGGUGAAAGAGAUGAAAAUGUCUAACCGAGAUAUGGUCAAGGUGAGUGCAAAGUUUAAAAAUCCUAUUUUCAUGAUCUAUGUUCUUCAGAGCGGUUUCGUUAUGCUUAAGAUCAACUUGAACAUAACUGAUCUUUUCAUCCUGACCUAUUCCCUCGGAAAGCUCAUUUGGCUAAUAACCUACAGAUGGAUUGGUGGUGACAUUGCCUGCCGUCUCUAUCAGGUAACCUAUGAGUUCUGAACCUCAAAACGUUCUUUCUCUCCAGAUGUUUUCCAUGUUCUCCUUGUACAGUUCCUCAAACAUUGUCAUGUGCAUCGCUCUUGAUCGUCUUAGAAAUGUGAUGUAUGCCAAUCAAAUUCACACAAAGACCAGUAAGGUGAGCAAGGAUUCUCCGAAAAACAAUGGAACUGGUCACGCAGUCCGUGCUAUUUCAGGUAGUAGGUAUUCACGUAAGCUAAGAAACCUAUUCAUAUUAUGUGCAUUUUAAGUAAGCUGGAAGGGUUCUAGGAAUACUGUAGGUCUUUUGAAAUAGAGUCAAAACAUGACUUUUCCGCUGAAUCUCUAAUCAGCUGUUCAAGGGAAUCAUUAAAAUCAAAAACCAACAAUCACACUUUUCAGAUCAGCACUGUCACAAUUCUGGCGUACAGUUCGUGGAUGGCUGCCCUCCUCUGUAGUCUGCCUCAGUUUUUCUUUUUUCAAAUCGUCGAAGUUGCGCCCAACUUUGUUCAGUGCUCGGAUGUCUGGCAGAUCCGCCGUCAUUUCUUCCAAGAUUCCAAUUUGGCGUUCUUCGACAAAGAUUCAUUUUUUCUGACACAAACUUUCGAAAACACUUAUAACAUUGCGCACUUGGUUAGGAACGACCUCUUGUACUUUAUAAGUGACCCUUUUUUUCAGAUUCUUGUUUUCUGGGGACCGCUGAUUGUUCUUAUUGUCACUUAUGCGGUUAUAGCCACCAAGCUCAUGAAGUAUUCUCUGAAACCACCUGGCAGUCAAAGCAUACGGCGACCAAUGCCAACAGCGGGAGACGACUCCCCGAAAGGUACUUUCAGGAUUCCCCGAACUUAAAUAGACUGAUAUUUCCAGAAGUCAUAAUUCAUGUUAAUCCUGAAGAUGGACUUCUCAAAAAAAAAGGAAGCAUGAAGAAGGUAGGUUCAAGGCCACAGACUCUUCAAAACAUGUUGCCACUAAAGUCCGACUUGCCUGAUUAUGUUUUGCAUCUGCCUUAGAGAGAAAUGUGUCAAACCGAAAACAACUGGGCUACGGUAUACAUGACACAUGCUACGAAAAAUAUUUUCAGGUGAUCAAGUGUUGUCCUGAAGAUGGAACUAUCAAACAGACACGCAAUAAGUCAACCCGCAGAAAUGGAGCAAGUUAGUAACGCUUUCAUUUUUUUCUACAAAAGAGUUGUAAGUAAAAGAACAAGUUCCGUGUUGCAGAAGAGUCCACAACCACUAUGGUGUCUUCAUCAACACGUAUGCCCACGUGGCGGAAGCAAAUGCGCAGUCGUGUGUUCCGGACCACGAUGCUCGUCAUUCUCACACAUUUUCUCUUCUGGUUCCCGUACAAUGCCCUCGGCCUCAUGAAGUAUAUCAAUCAAUCGAUGUUCGAGUAAGUCGGACGGAAAACUUGAAAUCGCUUUCCAACUUUGAAGCUGAGAAGCGUGCAGGUUUCACUAAAGAGGGGUCAUUUGGGGGAAUGACAAAUUGUUGCUCAGUCGGGAUAAUGUACGGGUUUCGGGAUGUCACCAAACGUUCUGACAGGUUUACGACCUGUCGUAAAACGUUGGAAAAGGCUCCGACCCACGGGAUUGCGGGAGAAGUGAACUUUGGUUUGGCUCCACAUUAGUGAUGGGAGCCGAGCGGCCAUAAGAAAGUGAAAAUGUAUGAACGUUUCGGAUUUCAGAGUGCUCAGCGCCAACGCCAACAUCUUCAAAGAUUUGCAAAUCCUGAUCACUCUCAUUAACCCAUUCCUCUACGGAUUUUCUUCCGGAAACUAA